CUUAGCCCAAUUCACACAGAAACAAAAUACAUAUUCAUUCUAUUUCUACAAGCACCAGAACGAAGCGACACUCAAUUGCCUCCCUUUCUUCGCUGACUCCGUCUCUCCACCACCUCUACCACCGCCACCGGUUCCGCCACCGACGCCCAGCUCCUCAACCGCCUAGUCAAGUCAAUGCCCGCCCAAAAGCGUCCCCUCGAAACCACCACUCCACCUCGUUCUCCUUCGCCACCGCACGAGGAAGAAAAACCCGAUGAUUCACAGCAAGGCAGCGAGGAGAACAACCAUAAAGAAACCGACGACGACUGCGAUUCGGAUGAGAGUCCUUACUCUAGCGAUGGAGAAAAAGACGAAUUUAUUGUUGUGAAGUUGGCAGAGAUACGCAAGGAAGUCCAGUGUCCAAUAUGUUUAGGUAUCAUUAGGAAGACAAGGACAGUCAUGGAAUGUUUACAUCGUUUCUGCAGAGAAUGCAUUGACAAAUCCAUGCGGCUAGGGAAUAACGAAUGUCCGGCUUGCCGCACACAUUGUGCUAGUCGCCGUUCUUUGCGAGAUGAUCCAAACUAUGAUGCCCUGAUUGCUGCUUUGUAUCCCGACAUUGAUAAAUACGAGGAAGAGGAACUGGCUUUCCAUGAAGAGGAGAAGGCUCGUAAUAAGCAGAUCCAAGCUUCAAUUGCUCAGACUUUUCGUCGUCAAGCAGAGGCACUGGGGAAGAAACGUACAUCAGCCAGAGUCACAGCAGCGGCAUUUGUUAGGAGACAGGGCAACUAUCGAAAUUUGAGAGGUCGGAGAAACCAUCGAGUUCCUGAACACCAAGGAUCUGAUGAAGAGGAAGGAGCGAAUGGGAAUGAUGGUAGCAAAGACACGUCGUCCGCUGAUGAGCGCUCUCCGGAAGUCAAAUCAAAGAGAUAUAAAAGAUGGGGAGGAGGUCGGACUUCACAGCAAUCAUCAGGAGCCAAUGGAGAUGGAGGUUGUGAUGAUAAUGAUUCAGAGGCCAACAGAGAAUUACUUGGUGCUUCUGUUGGCCUUAUUGCAGGUACAGAAAUUCUUGCCUGGGGAAGAGGCGGAAUGCGUAGUAACACCCGACAUGGCGGUCUCAGUUGGGCGGGCGGCAAACUUUCCCGGAAUAACCGACUCUCUAAGUUAAUAGAUCAUCUGCGAUGUUCAAAUGAAAAUGAUGAGUUGAAAAUCAGUCUCACACUUGUUUCAUUGCUUGAGGAGAAAAUACCCAGCCUGAAGCGUCCUUAUCUCUGCUGCAGCCCCAGAUCAUCAGUAAGACACUUAUGCCAGUACGUGGCUAUGCAGACAUCCAUGGAAGUUGGUGAAAUUGAGAUACUAAUAGUAAAAGAUUUUCAUCCUGUAAACAACCCUUUGAGUUUCAAAAACCAACUUGUCAUCUUAAACCCUUGCGAACAUGAGUUGCAGCUGUUGAGUGAGCAUCAGACAUUGGGGGAAAUUCAUGCCAGUUUCACUCAGCAAAAUCUGGUUUUAGCAUACCGCCAAAAGGCGUAAGGCUAAGGAAACUGGCGAGGUGGAGCUGAUGUCUUCAUGUUGAAAGAAGCUGCUAACUAUGAUGUAGGAAUGAAAUUUGCUGGAGUAUAUUUUAAACAUAUUCAUGUAUAUUUUGAAUUUUAGUGGUUUUACAAGUUAAAAGUUUUUAUACAGGCAACUAGAUACUAGGAGAGCUGGUCAAAUGUUCCUCUAUGAUGGCUUCGCAUUCGAUAGCUUUAUAUAUUGGUAUAGGCCUUUGUAUGUAGAGUUUUGAAAAUGUCAAAUAUUUGUGUUUAUGCAAUUAUACUGAUGGCAUGGAAAAGAGCUGUUGUUCCUGUUA